ACACUUUUCUUGUCCAAACGCAAAAUGCCAAAGCAAUUAGUUUGUUAGUGACUAUAAUGAGUAAGCUGUAAAGGACAUUUUUUUCUUUUAUUCCUUACAGCUUUUUACUGUUUUUGCGCUUUAAUAAAUAUAACUUGUUGCCUUUAAGAUCUGGGCGACAAAUAUAGUUUUCAUUAAUAUUCUAUAGACAGGGGGCUUUUAUUUUGAAGGAUCUCCCCGGAUGUGCGUCAUAUUAGCUCACAUGCUAACUUAGUCGUAAGUCUCCCCCUGUACAGACUGUCCGGGGUUUUGUUUUGAGUCUGUAAGUGAUGGCUCUUCAGUUAAAAGACAAAGAAGCGCACCAGCGACUUAACUACCUUUACCAGGCUGCUCAUUGUGUUUUAGCGCAAAACCCAAAGAAUGUGGAGCUGGCUCGCUUCUACUGCUUCACACAGAAGACGAUUGCUCGACGUUUGGUUCUCAGGCAAGACCCGUCUGUGAAGAGGACGUUAUGCAAAGGCUGCUGCACGCUGCUCAUCCCAGGAGUCACUGCUACAACAAGACAACGCAGAAAGAAGAGAAAGACCAGCUUCACUGUGGUCAGGUGUCUCAGCUGUGGUCAGACCAAGACUUUUCAGAAUAACCCGGAUUACCGUCUAUGGGUGGAGCGUCCAGAGGCGCAGUUGGAGCUGCAGGAGCAGCUGGAUCCAGGCACGUCUGCGAAAAACCAGCCCAACAUCCCAAAACCCCGCACGCCGCAGUCGUCCAAGCCCGCUUCUGGUCAGUGUUCAGGCAGCACGUAACAGCCGGACGCCACCUUUCUCCAGUGCUCCUUCAUUCUAGGUGUCUGUUUCGUCUUUGACUCCACAUUAAGUUUCACUCAUUAUUUGAUAAACACGCUGGAGAUGUUUCUUAAAUAUGGUGUUAUUUAAAAUCAGAGACAAGAAUGGAUCCUUUGACCAGUUUUCUCAUUUAUUUCUCUCUUUUUUUUUUUUUUUUUUAAACGCGUCUAAAAUAAAUGCAUUGGA